GGGUGAGAAGAGCAGGAUAUAAAUGUAAUAAAUAAAUAAAUGUUCCAGAUGGAAAAUAUAGAUGAUGAUGAUGAUGAUUAUUAUUAUUAUUUAUAGCAAGGUCUGUCAAGGAGAAGCUUUCCCUGAGGUUGAGAGAGUGUGAUUCCCUCGGGGGUCAUUCCAGGUCAAGGAGAUGCUUGGAGACUGGACAGCAGUCCACUUUAUUCUAAUCCCAGGACAGAAGUCUGCUUAGCAACCACAGACGUCAUUGCAUCACCCUUUCCCUUAUUGGCUGAACCGUAUCACUCUCCGCCAAUCCGGGCUUGGGUUUUGGUUUCUGUUUAAUAGAGAAACCAGCUGGGAAUCCUGCUUGGGCAUGGGACUGUUUUGGUGUUCCUUCCUGGCUUUGGCAACGGUUGCCCCUUUUUUGGGGUGUUUUUCUGGUUCUCCGUCACACACGCUGUACUCUUUCUGCACAUCCGUAUGGGAGCCGGAGUUGCAUCUCUUUAACUUCAUGGCCGUGGUGCAGGUGGACGGAGUGACGAUCGGUCAUUACGACAGCCAGGUGAGGCGGGCCAUUCCUCGGGUCCCUUGGAUAACGCGUGUCGAAGAAGCAUAUCCAAUGUUCUGGGACUGGGUCACUGACAGAGCCCAGAAGGCCGAGAUGUGGUUCGGAUGGGAUAUGAAGAAGCUGCAAAAGCUGCACAACCAAAGUGGAGGGAUCUACACCUUGCAGAGUAUGUAUGGCUGCGAGAUGGACGGAGACGGGGACCGGAUCCAAGGAUACGGCCUGUACGGCUACAAUGGAGAGGACUUCCUCAGCUUCGAUAUCGAGACCCGCAUCUGGACGGUGUCUGACGUCCGAGCCGAAACGUUGAAAAAGAGGUGGGAUAGCAACGUGGACCGGUCCCAGAAGAUUAAGGACUACCUGGAGCGCAACUGCAUUGAAUACCUGCAGAAAUUCCUGGACUACGGGAAGGAAGUCCUGACCAUAAAAGAGCCCCCAACGGUAAAAGUGAGUUACGACGGUCUGAAGACCCUCACCUGCCGGGUGGACGGCUUUUACCCAAAGGAGAUCGAUGCCGUCUGGAAGAAGGACGGCGAAGUCUGGGAGCAGGAGACCCUUCGCGGGGGUGUCUUACCUAAUUCGGACGGGACUUUCCACACUUGGCUCCGUAUCGAGGUUGACCCCAAGGACAGGGACCUCUACCGAUGCCACGUUGACCACGCUGCCCUGGAGGAAGCCCUGGACACGGCGUGGGAAGAGCCCGCCUCAAUCCCUAUCAUCAUCAUCAUCAUCAUCAUCGCAGUUUUAUCUGUUCUCGUCGCUCAUGCCGUUCUGCUCUUGUGGUACAAAAGAAAUGAGCUUCCAAAAAUUAUAUCGAAGCCGUUUGAGAGACAACCCUUGAAUACGGGAGGCACCAAGGGCCAAUCGCAGCCCGAUUCCUGAAGAUGUUUGUGUCCUAAAUCCAUUUUGCACUACCACUCCCAGGAUCCCACAACCCAGAAUUUGUAAAAUUAAUUUCAAAGGGUUUUCUUAAGCCUGGGUCUUGUUGAUGGUCUCCCAUCCAAUUCCUGACCCGGGCUGACCCUGCUUAGCUUCCAAAAUCAGAGGGGAUCUUAGUAACCUUAGGUGACUAAUCAAUGGUGGGAAAAUCCAUUCCAUUUCAAUUUAUGAUGCCAAAUAUGUUUUCACGGUUUUAACUGAUUUUUUAAAAAUAUUGUAUAUAUUUAAUUAUGUUUUAAUAUUUGUUUUAAAUUGUACUCUGAUGCUUUUUAUGUUAAGCUGCUUUGUGUCUCCUUUGGGAAAGAUAAAGGGGGUAUAAAUAAAGAAAUAUAAUAAUAAUAAUAAUCACAAUAAUAAUAGCAAUAAAUCCUCUCCUUAGGGAGAGAUAAAGUGGGGUAUUAAUAAUAACAAUAUUAAUAAUAAUAACAACAACAACAAUAAUGAUCCUAUCCAUCUAAAUUUGAAGGGACCAUGAGAGGUUUAAGGGGAGUAUCAAUUAAAUUUGUAGUGACUCCUUAUAUACAUUAUUAUUAAUUAUUAUUAUUUUAUUAUGACACAGCAAACAAGAUAGAUAUGCUGGAUUUCGUAAUAAUUAUUAUUACGUAAUAACUAUUAUUUUGUAAUUAUUAUUAUUAUUAUUUGAAACACAACAAGAUGAGUCCACAGCAAACACUGUGCUGGCUGUUGUAUUGGAUCCCAAAUUGGAAUCUGUCGUCAACUUUUCAAUUAUUAUUAUUAUUAUUAUUAUUAUUAUUGAAUUGAUACUCCCCUUAGACCUCAUGAUAAUGAUGAUGAUAAUUAUUAGCACCCCAUGUCUCUGUUCUUCUGAAUCCCAAAAAAAUAUAGCAAUGAAGCAAUCAUGGUGUAUAUUAUUGCAUUGAUUCCUCAAAACUGACAUUUUUGUAAAAUUGUUUUAUAGAUUGUUAUUUUUUUACUGUAAACCAAUGGAAAUGUAAUAAAUAUAUAUAUUUUAAAAAGG